AUGUUUUUGGAUGCAUUAAUGCGAUGUUUGAUGAAAGGAGCAACACAUUCCAUUCUGGGGGAUAGUUUUCUCGCAAUUCAAGGUCAAGAUGUUUCAUUAAUAUUAGGAUUACAAUGUGAUGGCACUCGCUAUCGACUUCAAAAAGGAAAAAAAGGAACAUUCUCAGAUUUGAAAAAGGAAUACUUCAGUAAAGGAGUAGACCGAAACAGGGACUGCCUAGUGAGGUCAUUAAUGAACAUGGUGGUAAGAAGAGAAAGCAAGAAAGAAGAAAGUUUUGUGAAGCUUUCAUUAGUGUACAUUCUAGGAUUUUUCCUUUUCCCCACAACUUCAUGUUCGUCACCGGCAUGGUUACCCUACUAUGUGGACAAUCUAUCAACAAUAGGACAGUACGCAUGGGCACAAGCUAUACAUAAAUGGAUGAUGGAUGAUGUACCUCUCGCAACAGCUCGUGUGAAAGAGAAAUGUGCCGGGAAGCAAUCAAGGAUAGGAUAUGUAAGGGGUUGUACUAUGGCAUUAAUCUUUUGGUUUUAUGAAGUCACAGGUAACGGGAAGAAGAUUCACUUUGGAAGGACACCACGCAUUCUCUGUUAUGGUGUUGGUAGUUACAAGAAACAAGCUGCUGUUAGUGCCUUGAUUGAUUCACUAGAGGGCAAGAAGUUUGUUCCACUCAUGGCCGACAGAGAAUCUGAAAUUGAACUGAUCGGAUAUGGAAAGGUUCAACGGAAUAACUCAUUGAUGGUUUUAGAGACAUCCGAUGCUAUGAAAAGCACCUAA